GUACAAGGAGGCUCCCAAGGGUUUGCAGCUCCAGGCUGCUGGACGUUUCUCGACAGCUCCGGGGAGGUCCGGCAGAGCCGAGCGGGGCCAGCUGGACAUGCUGACCUAGAGCCGGGCUGGCCCCGGCCCCGCUGCCGGCUCACGGAAUCGCGGCGUGUUCCGGGCUGGAAGGGACCCACGAGGAUCAUCGGCCCAGCCCCUGUGUCCCUGCACAGCAGCCACCCCCGCGAUGGAGCCGGCUCCGGAGGUGAAGAGGAAUAGUUUCCCCAGCAUGAACGUUGAAGCAGAGAUUCUGACAACAACACACGAUAAUUCAGAGCUCUACACGAUCCCUUCCAUGAGAAGCCUCACAGCUGAGGAGUAUGUGGAGGCCUUUAAGUCAUUCUUGGAUCACUCAACAGAGCACCAGUGCAUGGAUGAGUUCAACAAGGAUCAAAUGCCCAACAUCGUGGCUGGUCUGGGCACUGGAAAAUCGACCCUCAGCGUUCUGGGAGUUGGGAGUGGCACAGGUGAGCAGGAUUUGAAAAUGAUCAGGAUACUGCAGGCUGUGCACCCAGGGGUCUUUAUUGACAAUGAGAUUGUGGAGCCCAACCCACAGCAUGUGGCAGCUUACAAAGAGCUGGUGAAUCAAGCUCCAGACCUGCAGAAUGUUUCUUUUAUUUGGCACCAGCUCACUUCCUUGGAGUAUGAACAGCAGGUGAAGGAGAGAGGCACGCAUAAGAAAUUUGACUUCAUCCAUAUGAUCCAGAUGCUGUACCGUGUGGAGGAUAUUCCCAGUACUAUCAAGUUUUUUCACAGCUGCCUUGACCAUCAUGGUAAACUCCUGAUCAUAAUUUUAUCAGACAGCAGCGGCUGGGCCAGCCUGUGGAAGAAGCACAGGGACUGCCUGCCCGCCACCGACAGCGGCCACUACAUCACCUGCAGCGGCAUCACGGAGGUGCUGCGGGGGCUCGGCGUGCAGCACCGCGUCUACGAGCUCCCGUCGGGCUGGGACAUCACCGAGUGCUUCGUCGAGGGGGACGCGGUCGGCGGCCGCAUGAUGGAUUUCCUGACGGGGACAAAAAACUUCCUGGGCACGGCCCCGCCGGCGCUGCGGCAGCGGCUGCGGGAGGCUCUGUGCCAGCCCGAGUGCAGCAGCAUCAGGGACGGCAGGGUCAUCUUCAGCAACAACCUCAGCAUGAUCGUCGCGGAGUCCUAGAGCCCGGAGCCUGCCUGGACUGGUUUAACACCGUGCAUCCUGCUGUGCUUUCACUGAGAUUCCCACCUGUCUGAGCAGCCAGCAUGUUUGCACACCUACGGACGAGUCUGCACGGCCUUGGCAGCUGGGAGGAGGUGGCAGCCCCUGUGCUGGCCGGGCACAGACCCGCUGCUGCCACGUGUGCCAGUGGUGCCUUCUGUCCCACCUGGGUCGCCAGAAACUGAUGCCUUGUGAAGGCUGACCUAGAACAGAGACCAGAUGGAGCUAAAGAAUAAAGUAGGGAUUUAUUAGGAGGCCUCAAUGGAUGGGCAGCACAAGAGCCCAGCCAGGGCUGCACCCAAGGUGAACCCGAAAUGGUCACAAAAUGGACGAUCAGUCACGGGGUCUCACACUUUUAUAAGUUUUGAUCUAUUAGCAUAUUAAUUGUCCAAUUACAGCUUUAGCUUAUGAAGUCCCAUCCUUCUUGUUUUUCUCUCUUCAGUCCACAUUGUUCAUGCUCUUGGGCCUGAGAUCUGGAUCAUUUGUCCCCAGCUAGAGAAGGAAUUGUUUUGUCUGCCUACUCUAUGAAGAGAGCUUACUGUCCCCUAGUAUGAAGAUCAAAAGUACACACUAAA